ACGAGUUGUGAUUUUGUGAAAGACAAAGCCAAUAAGCUUCCAUCAGCCAAGCAACGUUCCUUCUAUAUCAAUAAGAUUUAAGUUAUUGUACAACCCUGAAAUCCUUCAGAACAAAAUGAGACAUGUAAUACUAUCAGUUUUUGCCGUCUGCCUGAUACCCUGUAUAUAUGCAGAAUUACUACAAACAGACAUUUCACCAAGAAAGCAAAAGAGACUGCGAAAUAAAGCAAGGCGUAAACUCAACAGAGAUCCGCUCUUAUCCCUGGCAUUGCCAGUUUCGGAAUUUGCCCCCGUCCACACAGAUCUUUUAAAUCCUGGGUUUGUUGACCCACUUUUGGGUCAAGGUCCACUUGAUACGUUGUUACAUGACCACCAAGGAAAUUUACCAGCUGGAAUUGGAUCUCGUAACCCCAUCCACGGAGAUAUUUUAAAUCCUGGUUUUGUUGACCCACUUUUUGGUCAGGGUUCACUCGAUACGUUGUUACAUGACCACCAAGGAAUUUUACCAGCUGGAAUUGGAUCUCGUAACCCCAUCCACGGAGACAUUUUAAAUCCUGGUUUGGUUGACCCACUUUUUGGUCAGGGUCCACUCGAUACGUUGUUACAUGACCACCAAGGAAUUUUACCAGCUGGAAUUGGAUCUCGUGCCCAAAUCCACGGAGAUCUUUUAAAUUCUGGAUUGGUUGACCCACUUUUUGGUCAGGGUCCACUCGAUACGUUGUUACAUGACCACCAAGGAAUUUUACCAGCUGGAAUUGGAUCUCGACGUCCUCUUUUGGACCCAGCUACAAGGGGUCUAAUCAAUCGCAAUAAAGCUAUUGGAACAAAGGAAGCAUUGCGACAAAACAGACAAAUAAAAAAGGGACUGCGCAAAGCCCGAAGACAAUCAAGAAAGGAAAAAAAGGCAAGGAAGCAGAUAAGGAAGCAACAAAAACGUAUGAGACAAGGAAUUGCCGUUGGCGGGCCACUUGAUAUACUUAGUGUACAAGCCCCAAUUUUACCCCUUCAUCAAGCUCACCCAAUUGCUGAGAACAUUUUAAUCAACAACGCAUUAAAUACCAAUAAAAAUAUCGCCAAGCAGAAGAGAAAGGCAAUGAAAAAGGCUAAAAAACAGCGUAAGCGUCUCCAAAAAGCUGCUAAACAAGCCGCAAUAAUCGGUGGAGCACUGGAUGUUAUUCCUGUACCAGAACCCAUUUUACCUUUUCAACCUGAUCAUCAUCUUGCAGAGAAAAUUUUGAUCAACGAUGCUUUGAAUAAUAAGCAAAAUAUUGUAGAUACAAUCCUAGUCAACAAUGCUUUGAACAAAGAACAUAUAUUAGCAACAGCAGGUUUGCAUGACUCUCACCUUCACGGUGGAGACACAUUAUUGCAGAUAACAGACGCUAAUCAUCCACCGCCUCAUCAUCCUCCCGUACAGCAGAAACAGAACAAGCUGCACUCUCUAGUGAAAGGUGUUUUAUUGGGAGGGAUUGGGGCCAUGCUGUUGGGAAAGUAGAAUCAGCUGAGUAUUUAAUGUUUUUUUUUAAAUCUCACCAUGUGUCAAAAUUGGAAGGAUUAUUUAAAAUGAUUUGCUUUCAGAUUAAGAUGUUUAUUUUGAAAUGUGUAUUCACAUAUUGGUGAUGUCAUGUAAUUGAAUAUCUCUGAAUCGAAAUGAUAAAAUUAUCAUACAUGUAUGCGUAUAUAUACUGUAUAUGUAUUGUCUGCUUAAGAUGAUUAUCUCCCUUAGUUAUUUUGCUCUAGUUCAUUGGUCCUAAAAUAAUUUUUGAUUCCAUCGGAGAAUAUCUUCAGUCAACUCGUUUACUCACAGAUAAAACGUAAAAAUCAUGGAAAGAGUUAUUAAGACACGUAUUAGCUACAUUUUAAUUAGUAUAUAUCAUUUAUUAUGUAUUUCUAAUUUGCAACUAUUGUAUCUUUUCGAUCAGCGUGUGUUAUAAUUUAUUAUGCUUGUUUAUCCAUGUACUGUUCCUCAGCCCUGUGUAUACUAUUGUUUAUUUAUUGGUUUGUGCAACGUUGUAAACUGAAUAUAUGUUUGGAUUUUGACACAGUUCAAUUCUUUUUUACAUACUGUAUCAUUUACCAAAUUUUAAAAAGUUCAAUCACCCAUAUGUGUGUGUAUUGCGUUCAUCUCUCAAAACCUGAACAAAUAUGCAAUAAUGCAUACUCCAAAAUCCCGAAAUCAGGUAUAACAUUAAAAAAGACUAUCUGCCCCUAUUUUUUGUCAUAUGUAACACUGGAAAUUGAUUAUUUCAGUGAAUAACAUUUCCUUUGAUAAAUUAACAAUUUUCCAGUACAUACAACUGUACGAAGUAUUAUGUUCAUUAUGACAUUAUUUAAGUACCAAUUACGCAGAAAGUUCAAUAAAGGUGACUUUAAAGAACUGAUACCUGCACGCGCAAGCAACAAAUACGCAUACUUUAAUCAUAGAAAUUGUGAAUGGAGGAUAAUAUUUAUUUUCUUAUAUAAAUACAUAUUUGUGUAUGUCUGUGUUUGUGUGUAUAUGCGUGUGUUUGUAUGGAUAUGUUAAGUUUAUUGUAUUAUUCUUAUUAAAGAAAAUAAACUGAGACAAUACUCAU